AUGCCUCAAGAUGCCCUCUCACCGGAUACGGCGCUAUCUAUGGCUGCUGUAUCACAGCGACCAGGGACGCCCAAUAAGACAUGGAAUACCGAUCGUUUAGGGGCGCGAUUCGGGGCCGAUAUUGUCAGCGCGGCCACGGCUGGAGCUUUGACUUGUCCUGUGAUUACUGUCAUUGAUCGUGCUAUCAUCGAAAAAGCGGCCAAGGGCAUUCCCAUCCGCCAGACCAUCACCUCUUCCUUUCGGUCGAUCCUCUCCCACCCAGGCGGAUUCUUCCUGGGCACUCCCUUCCUUCUGAUUUAUACGCUAUACACCUCGACAUAUCUAGCCGCCAAUACAAUCGACACCGUCACCUCCACCCUGCGCGACAAGCCCUUCUCCACGGUUUUCCCAGGCACCGCCAAAUUCAUUACCACCACCGCCGUGAACAUGGGAAUAUGCGUAUACAAGGAUGCCAGGUUCGCGCGGAUAUUCGGCGCAUCUCCUCAAUCCUCCUCGUCGUCGUCGUCGUCGUCGUCGUCCUCCUCCUCCUCAUCUCCCGUCUCGUGCCAUCCUUCCGGCGCCGCCAAAGUCCCCAAAAUCUCCUAUACCCUCUUCUGUCUCCGCGACAGCAUCACCAUCUUCGCGUCCUUCAACGUGCCGGCCCUCAUCGCGCCUUCGAUCCCGGAUUCCAUCGCCUCAACGCCAGGCAUGAAGACCGCCAUCGCGCAGUUCUCGUGCCCGGCGCUUAUGCAGUUCGCCAGCACCCCGAUGCACUUGCUCGGGUUAGAUCUGUAUAACCGACAGCCACCCGGUGGGUUAGGAUGGCGCGAGCGGGUCUCGCGAAUCCGACGCGACUACGUGCCGAGUUGUUUUGCGCGCAUGGGCAAGAUCGUGCCUGCGUAUGGCGUUGGCGGGGUGGUGAAUGUACGGAUGCGCGCCAGUUUGAUGCAGUAUCUAGAGGGGCAGGCGUAG